CCGUCCCUAAAUUCUUAGGUCCAUUACGGUACAUGCAUACACGCGAAUUGUCCAAUGCAUAGUUCGCCGUGUCGUCGUCGACGUGUGUGUGGUCGGCUGUACGAAAUGACGGGUUAGCUCUCUCUCUCUUUCUAGAGGGAAGGAAAAACUAGCGAGGAAGAAAGAAAGGAAAAAAAAGAGAGAGAGAGAGAACGAGCGAGUGUGAAAAAUGUGCUACGUUAUGGACGCUCGGCGUAUUCGAAAAUACGCGAGCGAAACACACGACGAGUGGCGGAGGAGGAGGAGCGUGUAAUCUCUCGGCGUUGACUGAUAAUGAGAGGUUGCGGUGCGUUGUACGACGAGGAUACGACGACGAGCCUAGCCGACGACGGCACGCCGCAACACACGCGCCUCGUUGCGAUCGUGAAACACCUCCACGACAGAAGACGCGCUUUUUCUCUGUCCUGACGCGAUACGGUGUUAUCACCGAGCGCGCGUGUGCCUAGCAUUGUUGAAAAUGCACGCGCCGUCGGAAUGGGGACUGCCGAUCAUGACAGACGCUUUUUUUACAUGCGAACGGGGAUGAUAACACCGUAUUUCGAGUAUCCGGAGGUGUUCAGGAACGCGCGCGCUCGCCGUCGCACGACCGACGAGCUGCUCUCUCCCCCCCCCGCCCCCCGGGAAACGCGCGGCCCGCACGAGCGACGUUUCUUCACAGACGCGCAACGAUUAUUCUUCUUAAUCUGUAAUUGAUCUCACGGUUCUCAUUAUCUCGCUCGAUCCUGCAUCCGGCAGCCGCUGACAGGUGAAUCGUGUGAGUCACACACACGGAUGGAGAUGACAGUGAAAACCGAGAUAAGCAUGUUCCGGCGUAUUGUCGGCGAUAAAUAAUGCCUGUGCGAUUAAGAGAGAGAGAGAGAGAGAGAGAAAGACCCGGCGACGACGCUCAUGGUCCGGACUGCUGAACUGAAGGAUUUCCCUUGUAUCAUUCCCCAAGUAACCAAGACUCAAUUCGUUCGACCGUAUUAAAAUAAAAGCUCAAUAACUGUUUAACCGUUUCCUUCGUGAUUAAGAGUGGAAAUGAGAAGAGAAAGAAUGUGCUGGGAGGAUCAUUUGUCUCUUCUUUGUAACUUGUAAGCUUCAUACAUGAGCUUACGAAAUGGCCUUGGACAGUAUAUCUGGUCGAAAUUUCUGGCUUAUCAGAAAGAGAAAGUAAAAUACUAUUAUCGUGGAUUUUUACGAGCAAACAUGAAUAAGGAUAAGAGUGUGAUUCAUACUGAAUAUUUGUAGUAUCAUCGAACUAAAUCGUUAGUUUGUGCGAAAUAUCAUGGUGCAGCAGCGGCUUCCUAGUUUCGAUGUUGCACACCUAGGUGGCCGAAGUGGACGGCGAUUCGUACUGACUCUCGCGGUCGGAGUAACUCUGGGCUUUAUAUUGGCACUGCUGCUCAUUACGUCCACGAAGGAUGUGCCGCAUAUGUUCAGCUGGAUUCCGGGUAGCUCCGGCCUCGCCAGAGAUCCUCAUCAUUAUUCGGAACUGGAAUCAGAGAUCGGACCGGAAACCGAAGUGACAUUCCACGGCGAGGAUGAAGAUUUCCACAAGGGGGAGGACAAGAUCGCGCAGGACAUGGCGAGGAAGGUGCGCGUGCUCUGCUGGAUCAUGACCGGUCCGAAGAACCAUCAGAGCAAGGCUCGUCAUGUAAAGGCGACGUGGGGAAAACGCUGCAACAUACUCCUGUUUAUGAGUUCCGCCGAAGACACCAGUUUACCCACUGUAGUAUUGCCGGUGAAGGAAGGCAGGGACAACCUGUGGGCUAAAACCAAAGAGGCGUUCAAGUAUGCUUAUGAAAAGUACAAAGACAAAGUAGACUGGUUCAUGAAAGCCGACGACGAUACGUACGUAGUGGUGGAGAAUCUGCGGUACAUGCUGUCGCCCUACAACCCGAACUCGUCGUUAUACUUCGGCUGCAGAUUCAAGCCCUUCGUGAAGCAAGGCUACAUGAGCGGCGGCGCUGGAUACGUACUUAGCAAGGAGGGUCUGCGUAAAUUCGUGGAGGAGGGCUUACCGGACAAGACGAAGUGCCGGCCGGACAACGGCGGCGCGGAGGACGUCGAGAUGGGCAAGUGCCUGGAGAAGAUCGGCGUGCGCGCGAUGGACACGAGAGAUCCCCACGGACGCGGCAGAUUCUUCCCGUUCGUGCCGGAGCAUCACCUAAUACCGAAUCACGUGGACAAGAACUUCUGGUAUUGGAAGUACAUCUACUACAAGACCAAGGACGGCCUCAAUUGUUGCUCCGACAGCGCUGUUUCCUUUCAUUACGUGUCGCCGAACAUGAUGUACGUUCUUGAAUAUCUCAUCUAUCACCUGAGGCCAUACGGGAUCAAUCACGGCCUGGAGAAACUCCCGCCGGAUCAAGCGUCAACAUUGACCGAUUACUAGUCCGCACUGUCCAUGAAUAAGUGGCAAUUUCGUAGGUUUUCAUUACGAUUUUUCGUUUUAUAUUAUACGAUACUAGUCCAUUCAAGCCAACGAUCACGAGUGUAAUACGCCCCCCUUCCCUCCCCACGAGAAGAUACAAAGUGUGAUAUAUCGUACUUCUUAGGUAGAUAAGUGGAUGAUGUUUAUACGCGUAUAUCUCUAUGUUUAAAGAAAUCAGAAUGCCAUAUAGCCCUCCUAGGGGAAACGGUGAAGAGGAUCAUUUUACGGGACAGGGUGAUACUGCAAGCACAGUAGAUAACACCCUAGCAAUUCGUGACUCCUCGUUGAUUCGGGUUGAACGAGAAAACAAGACCACCACACUUUCACGAGUCGAUGUAUAAGAAGAUGAAAUGUGAUAAUUUUAACGUAAUAUAUGAAGUGUGUAAACUCGGUCUUAAAUAAAAGUAGAACCAACCAGAGAGAAGAGUUUUUUUUUACGUUUUAUUCCCCACUGUGUGCGCCGAAUCGUAUAUAGAGGAGAUUGUUUUACCCUUUUCUUUUCUUUUUUUAUUCAUUUUCUUUGGAAUGUAGCAGAAGAGGUAUUUCCAUAUGUAUAUCUUGUACGAUUAUAUUUAACUAGGGAAACCGAAAAAGCAUAUCUAAUAUGUAGAUCACUACUACUGUGCUUGCAAUAUAAUCUCUCGGGCGCGUUGCAGAUACACAAAAAUGAGAUUUGAUUAUAUAUAUAUACACAUAAAACUGUAUUUCGUAAUAUUAAUAUAUAAUAAUGGUAAUAAUAAUAAUAAUUUUUUAAUAAUAAUAAUCCCAAUAAUGACAUACUACCCAGUAAUAAAUACUAUAGAUACAGAGUGAGUGUGGGUGUGUGAGUAAAUUAACCAAUUAAUUAGGGGGAGGGGAGGGGGGUUCUAU